AGAGAAGUUACAUACACUCGAGCAUUCAGCCAUUCCAACAAGGUGUCACUUUUGACCUGUGCUGUUGACUCCUGCCACAUCCUAUUCCUUCUAGGGAAACAUGAAGUUGAACCAUUAGUGGCUUGGCGAAUAGUCGUCUUUGGCGCUGCAGCCAUCUCCUCUUCCCUGCACUCACUUUAUCUUGGACCAUCAACGGUGCUAUCAGCAUGGGCUGCAUAAAGUCCAAAUCAUCUGCAAGUGUGCCAGUCAAAACAUGGGAAGUCAUACCCAAGACAGAACCUGGACAUUAUGUCAAAGAUCCCACAUCUCCCAAUGGAGCAAAUAAACCGAAAGAGAGCCUGAGCGGAGUAGGUGAUGAUCCCGUCAUGCUCGUGGCUUUAUAUGAUUAUGAGGCUGUGCACCCAGAUGAUCUGACAUUUCGGAAGGGCGAUACUCUACAGCUACUUGAGGAGUCCGAGGAAUGGUGGAGAGCCCACUUGAUUCGUACAGGGGAGGAAGGUUUUAUCCCCAGCAAUUAUGUAGGACGGGUCAACUCCCUGGAAUCUGAAGAAUGGUAUUUCAAGGGCGUUGGCAGGAAAGAGGCUGAGCGGCAGCUGCUGUCCCCCGAGAACCAGGCCGGAGCGUUCAUGAUUCGGGACAGUGAGACCAUGAAAGGCUGUUACUCACUUUCGGUUAGAGACUACAACGCUCAGUCUGGGAACAUGGUGAAACAUUACAAGAUCCGUACUCUGGAUAAUGGAGGAUUCUAUGUCUCUCCCCGGAAAACCUUCAACUCUCUGCAGGACCUGGUCAGCUACUAUAAAAGUAAUAUGGACGGGUUGUGCCAGUAUCUCACCACUGCUUGUAAGACGGCUCGUCCACAGAAACCGUGGGAGAAGGACGCCUGGGAAGUCUCUAGGGAAUCACUGAAAUUGGAGAAGAAGCUUGGAGCUGGACAGUUUGGAGAUGUUUGGCUGGCAACAUACAAUGGGCAUACCCAGGUUGCCGUGAAAACCAUGAAGCCGGGCAGUAUGUCCCCUGAGGCUUUUCUUGAAGAAGCCAACUUGAUGAAGACUUUGCAGCAUGACCGCCUUGUUCGCCUUCAUGCUGUAGUGACUCAAGAAGAGCCCAUAUAUAUAAUUACUGAGUACAUGGAGAAAGGCAGCCUUCUAGACUUCCUCAAGAGCCAGGAAGGGAAUUACCUGUCGCUGCCGCAGCUUAUCGACUUUUCUGCUCAGAUUGCCGAAGGAAUGUGGUUCAUUGAACAGAAGAAUUACAUCCACCGGGAUCUGAGAGCCGCCAACUGCCUGGUGUCUACAGCUAUGGCGUGCAAAAUCGCAGACUUUGGUUUAGCGCGGGUGAUCGAGGACAGCGAGUAUACAGCACGAGAGGGAGCCAAGUUUCCCAUUAAAUGGACAGCUCCCGAGGCAGCAAACUAUGGCUCAUUCACCAUCAAAUCUGACGUCUGGUCAUUUGGCAUUCUAAUGACUGAAAUUGUCACAUACGGAAGGACCCCGUAUCCAGGAAUGUCCAAUCUGGAGGUAAUUACUGCUCUGGAGCGGGGGUAUCGCAUGCCGUGCCCAACCAACUGCCCUCAGGAGCUCUAUAACAUCAUGCUACAAUGCUGGCAACAAAGUCCAGAGCAGCGACCAACUUUUGAAUACCUGCAAGGUGUCCUGGAGGAUUUCUUCACUGCCACGGAAAGCCAGUACCAGCAGCAGCCAUAAGGAUUGUCAGGACAUGCGCUAAUGCCACUGGCGAUCUAGAUCUGGCACACAACCUCAUCAUUGCAAGUCAGCAGUUGAUCAAUGUACUGUUGUUGCCCACCUAUUUCAGGUUACCGCCUCCUAACACUUCUACAUUGCCCUGUGUACAGAUCAAUCAUGUCUGCAACUUAUGUUAAUAGUUAUAGAAAGUAGCAAAUUUAAUAUUUUCCUAUUUCUUUAACAGUUAAGGCACAAGCUGUGAUUUUUUAUUUUAUUUUAUUUUAUUGCGUAGGUGUACUAUCCAGCUCAGCCUGUAGUUGGUGCUGUAACAGGCGCAGAACUAACCAGCACUGUAUAUACUGUCCUGCUGUGAUUAUAUUGUGUAUACUGCAGACUAAGCCAGCACUGUAUACACUGCAGAUUGAACCAGCGCUGUGUAGACUGGAGAGUGAACCAGUACCAAGUAUAUGAAAGACUGAGUAAGCACUGUGAAAACUGGAAACUCUGAGCAAGCGCUGUGUACGCUGGAUAUUGAGCAGCUCCGUACACUAAAGACUCUGUAUCAGCAGAGUGUACACAGAGGAUUCUGAGUGAGCACUGAGGACAUUGAAGACUUUGAACCAGCAACGUGUGCAUAUGGGACUGAGUGAGAACUGUGUACAAUGGAGACUCUGAACUAUCCGGGUGUACACAGGAGACUGUGAGCGAACAGUGAAGACGCUGUGCAAGAAUUGAGAACCCAGAACACUUUGAUACACCACUGAAUACAUGGGAUAUUUUCACCAGUACUGAUUACACUGGAGACCUGCACAGUGUAUACAGGAGACUGUCACUCAGCACUGAGUAUACUAGUGUUAUUGAUCCAGCUUUGUGCAAACACCCCUUUCUAUCCCAGCUCUGUGUAUAUUGGAGAGUUUUGGCCAGCACUAUAUUCAUCGCAGCACUUCAUCACUUUCACAUUGUAUUCAUCUAAUUGAGUCUUUUUUUAAUCAGUUUAUCAUAUCUUCCCUACUGUAGGGAAUAAAAUAUAUAAAUGUA